AUGAAAGAAAAGGAAGCAUUCAAUCAAGAUAAGGCAAAAGCCAUGAUUUUCCUUUGUCAUCAUCUCCAUGAAGGAUUAAAGGCUGAAUAUUUGACUGUGAAAGAUCCACUUGAAUUAUGGAAUAAUUUAAAAGAAAGAUACGACCAACAAAAGACGAUCAUUUUGCCUAAAGCUCGCUAUGAUUGGAUGCAUUUGAGAUUGCAAGAUUUCAAAUCUGUAAGCGAGUACAAUUCUGCAAUUUUUAAAAUUAGUUCUCAGUUAAAGGUAUGUGGAGAAAAUAUUACUAAUGAGGACUUACUGGAAAAAACAUUUUCCACUUUUCACGCUCCAAAUGUGUUAUUGCAACAACAGUAUCGUGAAAAGGGGUUUAAGAAAUAUUCCGAAUUGAUAUCAUGUCUUAUUGUGGCUGAACAAAAUAAUGAGUUAUUAAUGAAAAAUCAUGAAGCUCGUCCCACUGGAUCUGCUCCAUUCCCUAAAGUGAAUGUAGCAAAUCAUAAUAAUUUUGAAAUAAGACAAAAUUAUAGUCGCAGUCGUGGCCAUGGAAGAGGUUGUGGACGUGGACGAGGAAAUGGGCCAAAUAUUUAUCAACACCACUAUGGAAAUAAACAAGAGAACAAGGGUCCUCAAAGUAACUCUUCAAGGGGUAAAGAUAAUAUCUGCCAUAGAUGUGGUAUGAAAGGUAUAACACCUCGUAAUUCUAAAACACAUAAUUAUGGUUAA